CAUGACAUCACAUCACAACAUAACUUUUUUGUCACAGAAAAAGAAUGCUACUUCGUACUGUCGGAGGAGCUAAUCGUUUUCUCUGUUCAUUUUCUCUCUCCAAAUCCAAACCUUCUUUCUCUUUCCGUCCCAUUUCUUCAAUGGCUGAAGAAUUCGUCAAGGGCACCGUUCAUUCUAACGGCGUCGCCGUUAUCACCCUUGAUCGCCCCAAAGCUCUCAACGCCAUGAACCUAGAUAUGGAUGUAAAGUAUAAAAGUUAUCUUGAUCAAUGGGAAUUGGAUCCAAGUGUCAAAUGUGUUCUGGUUGAUAGUAGCUCCCCUCGUUCAUUUUGUGCUGGUAUGGAUAUUAAAGGGGUUGUUGCUGAAAUACAGAAGGACAAAGGCGGUGAUGUGAAGCAGAUAACAAUCAAAAACAACCUAUCAGAUAUCAUUGAGGUCUUCACGGCCGAGUAUUCUUUGAUUUGCAAAAUUUCUGAGUACAAGAAACCAUAUAUAAGUUUCAUGGAUGGAAUAACAAUGGGUUUUGGAAUUGGCUUAUCUGGUCAUGGUCGCUAUCGUAUCAUAACAGAGAGAACUGUUCUUGCCAUGCCGGAAAAUGGAAUCGGCUUGUUCCCAGACGUAGGGUUUGCUCAUAUAGCGGCUCAAAGUCCAGGAGAAGGAGCUGUUGGUGCUUAUCUUGGAUUGACUGGAAAGAGGAUUUCCACUCCAUCAGAUGCAAUAUAUGUUGGUCUUGGAACACAUUAUGUGCCGUCGGGAAAGUUAGGUUCAUUCAAGGAGGCCCUUUUGGCAACAAACUUUUCUCAGGAUCCCCAUCAGGACAUCAAAGUACUUUUAGCAAGAUAUGAGUCAAACCCGGAGUCUGAGGCACAGUUGAAAUCGCUUUUACCUCAGAUAACUUCUUCAUUUGGAGGAAAUAAAUCUGUUAUUAAGACCAUUGAGGAGCUAAAACAAUUCCAGUCAAGCACCGACUCUAAUGUUGUCGAGUGGGCUAAUGAAGCUCUUCUAGGCCUUGCAAAAGGUGCUCCCUUCUCUCUUUUCUUGACAAAUAGGCACUUCUCUGCAGUUGCUUCUGCACUAGGAAAAAAUGGCAGUGAGUUAUCCACGCUUAGUGGUGUAAUGAAAAUGGAGUAUCGCAUUGCCUUGAGGUCUUCACUGAGACAUGAUUUUGCAGAAGGUGUCCGGGCAGUAUUGGUGGAUAAAGAUCAGAAUCCGAAGUGGAAACCAUCAAGGUUGGAGGAAGUCAAUCCGAGUGAGGUUGAAGCCACCUUUAAACCAUUAGGACCGGAGGUGAAGGAGUUGUCCGUGUAAUUUUCGAAGCGAAGUUUUCAUUUGUAUUGAGCACUGCAUCAAAUAAAUAGUGUUAUCACUGGUGUUUAUUAUCAUUGGGUCCUGUCUGGUGUUGCUUGUAUUGUUGUCGUCAUGAUAACAUAGAAUUCAGGAUCUUAGAAAUCAAAGGACGAUGUUGCUUCUAUAUUAUGUCCAUUUGGAAGGAUAUAGACUAUGACUUCCUCAAUUUAUCUUAUAUUUUUCUCCGCAAAGUUAUGACUUGAAAAUGUGAGAAUAUUUUAUUUUGUGUGGAGUAGUUGGGCGAACAGAGUUACUGUUUUGAUUGUUUUAGAAA